GAGAGGAAUUCCUUGUGGUCUGGUGAUGAUGUCAAGAAAUCAGACGGAGGGUCAGACAGCGGCAUAAAGAUGGAGCCAGGUUCCAAGUGGAGGCGGAAUCCUUCUGAUGUGUCUGACGAGUCCGACAAAAGCACGUCAGGCAAGAAGAAUUCCGUCAUCUCCCAGACAGGCUCCUGGCGGCGAGGCAUGACAGCUCAGGUGGGCAUCACCAUGCCGAGGACCAAGCCAUCUGCCCCAGCAGGCACUCUGAAGACCCCAGGAACUGGAAAAACAGACGAUGCAAAGGUAUCUGAGAAAGGAAGGCUUUCUCCCAAAGCCUCCCAGGUGAAGCGCUCCCCAUCAGAUGCAGGCCGCAGCAGUGGUGAUGAAUCCAAGAAGCCCCUCCCCAGCAGCUCCAGGACACCCACUGCUAAUGCCAACAGCUUUGGGUUCAAGAAGCAGAGUGGCUCGGCUGCUGGUCUAGCCAUGAUCACAGCCAGUGGGGCCACUGUCACCAGCAGGUCAGCCACACUGGGCAAAAUCCCAAAGUCGUCUGCACUUGUCGGGCGGUCCACUGGUCGGAAGACGAGCAUGGAUGGAGCUCAGAAUCAGGAUGAUGGGUAUCUGUCUCUCAGCUCCCGGACAAACUUGCAGUACCGGAGUUUGCCGAGGCCCAGUAAGUCCAACAGCCGGAAUGGGGCUGGGAACAGGUCCAGUACCAGCAGCAUAGAUUCCAACAUCAGCAGCAAGUCAGCAGGCCUGCCGGUGCCCAAGCUGAGGGAGCCUUCCAAAACAGCCCUCGGCAGCUCUCUGCCGGGUCUGGUCAACCAGACAGAUAAGGAGAAAGGCAUCUCAUCAGACAAUGAGAGCGUGGCCUCCUGUAACUCAGUGAAAGUGAACCCAGCAGCCCAGCCUGUGUCCAGCUCUGCUCAGGCCACUCUGCAGCCAGCGGCCAAGUACCCAGAUGUGGCCUCUCCCACGCUCCGCAGGUAUACUCCCACCUCCCAGCUUCGUACACAAGAAGACGCAAAAGAAUGGUUACGGUCCCACUCUGCAGGAGGACUGCAGGACACUGCUGCCAAUUCCCCUUUUUCCUCUGGCUCUAGCGUAACUUCUCCCUCUGGAACAAGAUUCAACUUUUCCCAGCUUGCGAGUCCCACCACCGUCACCCAGAUGAGCUUGUCCAACCCGACCAUGCUGAGGACCCAUAGCCUCUCCAAUGCCGAUGGGCAGUAUGAUCCGUACACUGACAGCCGCUUCCGGAAUAGCUCCAUGUCCCUGGAUGAGAAGAGCAGAACCAUGAGCCGUUCAGGUUCAUUCCGGGAUGGGUUUGAAGAAGUUCACGGAUCCUCACUCUCAUUGGUUUCCAGCACGUCGUCAAUUUAUUCUACACCUGAAGAAAAAUGCCAGUCAGAGAUUCGCAAACUACGGCGGGAACUAGAUGCCUCCCAGGAGAAGGUGUCAGCUUUGACCACUCAGCUGACAGCAAAUGCUCACCUCGUGGCAGCCUUUGAACAGAGUCUUGGAAACAUGACAAUCAGGCUCCAGAGUUUGACCAUGACAGCUGAGCAGAAGGAUUCAGAACUGAAUGAGUUAAGAAAAACCAUUGAGCUGUUAAAGAAACAGAACGCAGCUGCCCAGGCUGCCAUUAAUGGAGUAAUUAACACACCGGAGCUCAACUGCAAAGGCAAUGGCACCGCCCAGUCUGCAGACCUCCGCAUCCGCAGGCAGCACUCCUCCGACAGUGUGUCCAGCAUCAACAGUGCCACUAGCCACUCCAGUGUGGGCAGCAACAUAGAGAGUGACUCCAAGAAAAAGAAGAGGAAGAACUGGGUCAAUGAGUUACGCAGCUCCUUCAAGCAAGCUUUCGGGAAGAAGAGGUCCCCCAAGUCGGCGUCCUCUCAUUCAGACAUUGAGGAGAUGACGGACUCUUCUUUGCCUUCAUCGCCGAAGUUGCCACACAAUGGGUCCACGGGCUCCACUCCACUGCUGAGGAAUUCUCACUCCAAUUCUCUAAUUUCAGAGUGUGUGGAUAGUGAAGCAGAGACAGUCAUGCAGCUCCGAAAUGAGCUGAGAGACAAGGAGAUGAAGCUGACGGACAUCCGCCUAGAAGCCCUCAGCUCUGCCCACCAGCUGGACCAGCUCCGGGAGGCCAUGAACAGAAUGCAGAGUGAAAUAGAGAAGCUGAAAGCUGAGAAUGACCGGCUAAAGUCAGAGUCUCAAGGCAGUGGCUGCAGCCGGGCUCCCUCCCAGGUGUCCAUCUCCGCCUCCCCAAGGCAGUCCAUGGGCCUCUCCCAGCACAGCCUGAACCUCACUGAAUCAACCAGCCUGGACAUGUUGCUGGAUGACACUGGUGAAUGCUCGGCUCGGAAGGAAGGAGGCAGGCAUGUUAAGAUAGUUGUCAGCUUUCAGGAGGAGAUGAAGUGGAAGGAGGAAUACAUCAUUCACGUUGACCCAGUGAGUCAGCUAGGCCUGAAUUCAGACAGUGUUCUCGGCUAUAGCAUUGGGGAAAUCAAGCGUAGCAACACUUCCGAAACUCCUGAGCUGCUGCCCUGCGGCUAUCUGGUUGGAGAAAACACCACCAUCUCUGUGACUGUCAAAGGGCUCGCGGAAAAUAGCCUGGACUCACUGGUGUUCGAGUCCUUGAUCCCCAAGCCCAUCCUGCAGCGCUAUGUCUCCCUGCUGAUAGAGCACCGGCGGAUCAUUCUCUCCGGCCCCAGCGGCACCGGGAAAACCUACCUUGCCAACCGGCUGUCAGAGUACAUGGUGCUUCGAGAGGGACGGGAAUUGACGGAUGGGGUUAUUGCCACUUUCAACGUGGACCAUAAGUCCAGCAAGGAACUGCGCCAGUACCUGUCCAACCUGGCCGAUCAGUGCAACAGUGAGAACAACGCUGUGGACAUGCCCCUGGUCAUCAUCCUGGACAAUCUGCAUCAUGUCAGCUCUCUGGGCGAGAUCUUCAACGGGCUGCUCAACUGCAAGUACCACAAAUGCCCUUACAUCAUUGGCACAAUGAACCAGGCUACCUCUUCUACUCCCAACCUGCAGCUUCAUCAUAACUUCAGGUGGGUGCUUUGUGCCAACCACACAGAGCCCGUGAAGGGUUUCCUUGGCCGGUACCUGAGGAGGAAGCUCAUGGAAACGGAGAUCAGUGGGCGGGUGCGGAAUGUGGAGCUGGUAAAAAUCAUCGACUGGAUCCCCAAGGUCUGGCAUCACCUCAACCGCUUCUUGGAGGCUCACAGCUCCUCGGAUGUCACCAUCGGCCCCCGGCUCUUCCUGUCGUGCCCCAUCGACGUGGAUGGCUCGAGAGUGUGGUUCACCGACUUGUGGAACUACUCCAUUAUCCCCUAUCUCCUGGAAGCUGUCAGAGAAGGACUCCAGCUCUAUGGAAGGCGCGCCCCCUGGGAGGAUCCUGCCAAGUGGGUGAUGGACACGUAUCCAUGGGCAGCCAGCCCACAGCAGCACGAGUGGCCUCCAUUGCUGCAGCUACGGCCUGAAGAUGUUGGCUUUGAUGGCUACUCCAUGCCUCGGGAGGGGUCAACAAGCAAGCAGGUGCCCCCCAGUGAUGCUGAAGGAGACCCACUGAUGAACAUGCUGAUGAGGCUGCAGGAAGCAGCCAACUACUCCAGCCCCCAGAGCUAUGACAGCGACUCCAACAGCAACAGCCACCACGAUGAUAUACUAGACUCAUCCUUGGAAUCUACUCUGUGACAGCCUGGCCAUGAAGCCAGUCCACCUUCUCUCCUACCCCCAUUCCACCUGCAUCCACCACAUGAUCCUGAAGAUGACUUCCUGAGCCAGCCCCCAGCUGCAGCUUUAGUGUUGCAGGAACACCAAGACCCCUCAUCCUUCCACCUCGACCUGGGUGCAGGCACCCUGGGCCAGCCACCUGGGGACCGCUUCCUUCCACAGUGAGAACCGCACUACUUCUGUUUUACCUUAAUUAUUGUUUUGCCUUGUUGCUGUGACCUCCCUAAGACACUGAAGAUACUUCUCGGGAAAGGAUCAUCACCGUUGAAAUGAAAAGAGAAAAAAUAAAGAGAACCCAUGCAAAGCUCUAAAACUAAACAGCAUCCUGCCAUAAGCUGCCAAAAGACAGAAAAGACUAGAGCAGAGUUGGAAACAUAGGCAGCGUGGCUUGCCCUCAGCACGGACCCUCCAGACUGGGUCUCACCGCCAGGCCCCCACAGCCAACCUGCCCCUUACCCAGCCGGCCACACACAGAACGGUGCUAACUGGGGCACUUGCUUUGGUCACCUUCAACACGCUACAGAGCUACGACACAGGGAAACCUUCGCAGAAAAUAAAUGGUGCGUCUUUCUUUUUUUUUUUUUUUUUAAUGGUGCUCUCCUUACCCAAGAGGUAUUUUGCCUGUUCCCAUUCAUCCACCCCUUUGAGGUUCAUCAGCCUCUGAUGAAUUCAUGAGAGCGAGUGGAGCGAGCAUGAGAGUGAGCAGGUGUGGCGAGCGGUGCGGAACAGCACAUGUCUGUUUCCUUACAUGUAAAUGAAUCGGGUUUUUUUUUCAGCAAACACUGUGUAGAGUGAGAAUUAUUCUACUUUGGAGAACUGAUACCCCUUUAAAAUGAGGUUGAGUUUCUCCCUUUCUGUCUUGGUUUUGAAGAUUUUUCUCCUUCCCUCCUUGGUCAGAGUCAAUCCUUUGGUGAAAGUGAGAACCACAGGAGUUGAGUCGUGCUCAGUUUUGAUUUUUCUUUGUCCAUCCUCACAGUUCUAUGCGUUCACCUCCUCCUGCUGGGGCCAGGGGUGUCCUUUCCAGUGGGUGAGGACCCGGUCCUCAGUGCAUGGGAGAGCCAUGGACCUUGCCUUUCCUUCUCAUCCUUGAGGGUUUAGCACGCACAUCGACCCCUCAAGCGUCCCAGCCCCAACUUCAGGUGGGGUGAGGUCACCUUGCAAAAGACUUGCACUUUCCUCAGAACCAACGUGACGCAGCUCAACAAGGAGGGGGCAGUCGCCCCCGCCCAGAAGCCCUGGCCCGGUCUUCAUCCUGACGAGCCUGGCCUGACUUCUUCGGUGCUGACCUUCCCAAAGUGAUGCCUUACUGGUUUUGUAUUCUCUGUGUUCGUUUACCUGAGUGGCCUGCCUGCCUGCCUCGGGUUUGUAGUUUUGUUUUCCCCAUCAAAGCAAACAGGGCUAAAAAGUCAUCUAUUCAUUAGAAGAUUCACGUUGCUGUGACUUUUCUCAUCCAAAAGACUCAUUUGUGUGGAUAUGUGACCAUGGGAUAAAGAAAAAGGAAAAAAAAAUCCAUGUCUUAGGUUUUUAUCAGUCUCCAGCUAACAACCUGACUGGACAGUGAUCUGUCUUAUGCAGGAAAAGGCAAAGUUUCCUCCAAGUCUACAUGACAUUGCUGGUACAUGCCCUAGUAGAAAUCCAGUCAGCUAUGUUUUCAACAUACUGGUAUUUUCUUUACAGAGUGUGGUAAAUCUUCAAGUUGUUUAUUUCUGUUUUAUAAAGAGAAUCUCUAUCGGACCCCAGUGAGGGUGUCUUUGUUAAUGAUCAGGGUUUUUAUUCCAUCUUUAGCAUUUCUAUUUCCGAAGGUUUAUCUCUUGGCAUUUUUUCCUUAUUUUCUUACUAUAAGAGCUUGACCUAAAACUGCUCAUUUCACAUGGAAUUGACACCAUUUUCUUCUUUUGUGAAAAGAAAAGGGGAAUGUGCCCCACUAACUGGUGAAUAGAAAACCUUUCAACACUGUCCCUGCUUUUUAAUCUCAGUAAACUCAGACUCUGUCCACUUAGCUUUCCUUAGUCGUCUGGGUGUGAGUGUGUCUUACUCUAUUGUUUUUAUUAAAACUUUUAAACCAUAUAUUUAGCCUGUGACCAGGUGGGCCAAACCCUGAGCCUUCUGGUAAACCUGAAGGGUGGCCCUUCUCAGACAGUUUAUCUCCCAGCAAUGACCUUACACUCUCAUACUGUGAAUUUGGGAGAAGGUAAAUUUGACUUCUCCUCGUGGGCAGUUUUCCCAGUCACCUUGUGAGUAGACACCUGCUGCCAAUAUUGUUUGAAACUUUUUUUUUUUAAAACGACACCCUCCCGUCUCUCUCUCUUCUCGCCUCUCCCACAGACUUCCCUCCCACACUGGGCCCAGGCUCAGAACUGAGACCUCUGUUCCUGGUGCUGCCUGAUGGGUGAACAGUGACUUGAAAUAGCGUAGCCCUUGUGGGAUUCACAACUCAGUGUCCUUCCUAAAAUUUCGGGAAGCAGGGUUGUCUAAUAUGCACGUUUCUCAUUUUGAUCAUAUUUUUACUUUAGUGUCACUCACCUUUGACAAAGUGACUUUGUACUCAUUUAGGGCUCUGUCUAAAAUGCUUCCAUUUUGCCUUUUUCUACAGUUAGGCUAAUUUUGAAAUGUAUGAAAUUCUAUGCAACAUUUAUGUUGAGUUACCAAUGGAAGCCAAAAGUUUUCUUCCCAAACCGCCAAGAAUUCUACAGGCCAUAAAUGAGAUGGGAAUACCUUUUAAUUUAAGGUUGGGAAAGGGGUGGGGGCGGGACAAGGAACAAGACUUGCCUAGACCUUUGUUGUAUCUAAGGGACAUUUUUAAUUUUAUUGUUUGAUGCUUAAACUUCAAAAUUCAAACUUUGAAUCCAAUGUAUUCAAAUUGGAUAGUAGCGAAUCUACUUCAAAAGGAAAAAUAAUCCAACUUUGUGGAUAUUAAAUGGGAGGUUUGCUGUUUUGAUCUAGUUGUUUCCAGUGGAGCGGUUUAUGAAAUAUGUUCUAUAAGAUGUACAUUUUCUCAUUGUAACAUAGAAAUUGUAAAUAAUUGAUCAAAGUGCUGCAUUUUGAUGAAUUUUUUCUAGCCAUUUUUAAAGAGAAAACUAGGAAUUGAGUAUUUUGUGUACGGUAUGUUUCCAUCUUCCCCCUGCUUCCUCCUUUCCUCCCGCCCUAUUUAAUUUUCAUUUGUCAUGAGGUUUUUGGAUUUGCCAAUGAUCGGCUGGAGAUCAUGCCCCACAUCAUAGAGAAUAAAGCUGAUGAUUGUACCAGUCUUAAAUUAUUCAUGAUUCAAUAAAAUUGAUGCUUAUUUAUUCAGA